AUGUUCCUGGAACUAAUCGAAUCCAUCAAACCAGCCAAAGGAAACUUCCUAGGACCUUCUGUUCUCACCAUUUCUUCCCAAUCCAUAAAGAGAAAGGCGGCUGAGGCGAUACCAACCAACGAUAAGAACGAGACUCGAUCUACCAAACGCAUCGCCUCAGCAGCUGCAGCAAUUCUAAAUUUUUCGGAAAACACCGCAGCACUUCCAUCACCACAAACCAAUAGUAACAGUAUGGAUUCUGAGGAUGAAUAUAUGUCUGGAGGAUCAAGUGAGGAUGACGUCCUCAUGGACGAAAGUGAGAAUGAGGAGGAGUCGGAAGAUGAAUUCGGUUUCGAAGAACCAGCACCAGAUAUCAGCUUCAAGGAUGAUAAUUCGCAAAAGAAGAAGAAGACCUUCGACAUAAACUACAAGAUUCAUCGUCCCGAAGAUAUUCAAGGCCAGCAGGACGAACUUGUCAAUGAAGUCAACAUGAUACUCGACAUUCGAAAAGAAGACGCAGCUAUUCUCUUGAGGCAUUUCAGGUGGAAUAAGGAACGCUUGAUUGAAGAUUACAUGGACCGUCCAGAAAAGGUUCUUGACGAUGCUGGGUUAGUAUCAAGCAAAUCCGGGCCACCUAAACUCGAGGUCUUGUCAGAUUUUGUGUGCGAUAUCUGCUGCGAGGACGAAGCCGGAUUAAAAUCGUUCGCGAUGAAAUGUGGACAUCGAUACUGCGUUAACUGCUAUAAUCACUACUUGAGUCAAAAGAUCAAAGAGGAGGGAGAGGCAGCUCGUAUUCAAUGUCCUCACGACGGGUGCCGACGAAUCAUGGAUAGUCAUUCUCUGGAUCUACUUGUCGCCGCAGAUUUAAAGUCACGAUAUCACGAACUUCUCACGAGAACAUACGUUGAAGAUAAAGAAUUCCUGAAAUGGUGCCCAGCUCCGGAUUGUCAGAACGCUAUUGAGUGUGGCAUCAAGAAGAAAGAUCUCGAUAAAGUCGUCCCCACAGUUGCAUGUGAAUGCAAGCAUCGCUUUUGCUUUGGUUGCAUAUUCGCGGAUCAUCAGCCUGCACCUUGUACACUGGUCAAGAAGUGGUUAAAAAAAUGUGCAGAUGAUUCGGAAACUUCUAACUGGAUUUCUGCCCACACAAAAGAAUGUCCGAAAUGUAAUUCUACCAUCGAGAAGAAUGGGGGGUGCAACCAUAUGACAUGUCGGAAGUGCAAACAUGAGUUUUGUUGGAUGUGUAUGGGAUUAUGGUCGGAGCAUGGUACAAGCUGGUACAAUUGUAACAGAUUUGAAGAAAAGAGCGGCUCCGAAGCCAGAGAUGCUCAGGCCAGCUCCCGAAAAUCCCUGGAACGCUACCUUCACUAUUACAACCGAUAUGCCAAUCAUGAACAAUCAGCAAAGUUGGAUAAGGAUAUUUACCAUAAGACGGAGAAGAAAAUGAUUCAACUCCAAUCUGCCUCUGGAUUAUCUUGGAUUGAAGUUCAAUAUCUAAACUCCGCCAGUCAAGCCUUACAAACUUGUCGUCAGACUCUCAAAUGGACCUACGCCUUCGCUUUCUAUCUUCAACGUAACAAUCUCACCGAGAUGUUCGAGGACAAUCAGAGAGAUCUCGAGAUGGCCGUUGAAGCUUUGUCUGAAAUGUUUGAGAAACCAGUUGCAGAACUUGCUGCCCAAAAGUUGAAGGUAGAAAUUAUGGAUAAGACAUCUUACUGUAACAAACGUCGGGUCAUUCUACUUGCAGACACUGCCGAUAAUCUUGCCAAUGGUGCGUGGUCUUGGAGCACUACCUUCUAA